AUGAGGGUGUUGGCAUAUGAGACAUCAGGUGAUGUAGUUGAUGAAUAUUUAAGAAUGAGUAGAUCCACAACAAGGGAAGCUCUCAUGUACUUCGUAGAUGGUGUCAUCUCAUGUUUCGAUAACGAGUACCUCAGAAAGCCUAACGAAGCUGAAUUGGCAAGACUACUCUAUACAUUGGAGAUCAACGUGGAUUCUCGGGUUCGCUUAAUGAUAUUAAUGACAUAUUAUCUCACUGAUGGAAUAUAUCCUUCAUGGAUUGCAUUGGUCAAGUCAGUUACAUCUCCCCAAAUGCGGAAGCACAAGUUGUUUGCUCAAGUUCAAGAAGCAUGCAGAAAAGAUGUUGAGCGAGCAUUUGGAGUUCUACAAGCUCGUUUUUUUGCAUUUAUUCGACGACCAUGUCUUGUUUGGGAUAUAAUGGGACGAAUUAUGAUAAAUUGUAUCAUCAUGCAUAAUAUGAUAGUUGAAGACAAACGAGAUACAUACCAAAAUUAUUAUGAUCCUACUGAGUUUCUUAACGACAUGCUCACAAAUCGACAACAAAAAGCACUACAAAAGAUGGUGGUCAAUCAACUGAAUUCUCUACUGAGCGGAUUUCAAACCUAUCUCGUUAUAUGGCUAACAGAGAACAACUUCGCAAUAGGGAAGCUUAUAACGCUCUAA